AUGCGCGUCAUGCUCCCAGCCCUUCAGCAGCCCUUGCGGCUUUCCAUGGCCGCUCGCAACCCGCAACUGCGCAUGAUCGCCGGUGGCUCGCGCGCCUUCCAGACUACGACUACCAAGACCGUCGCUGCUUCCAGCCAAGGACCCUACGUCAAGGGCACCGUCAACGACCCGACGACGUUCCCCGAGCCGAAUGCUGCGCACGGUUCGAACCACUGGGCUUUCGAGCGCGCGCUCUCGGUCGCCCUCGUUCCCCUCGUUGCUGUCGGCUUCGCCAAGCACGGCUCCUCCGCGAUCCUUGACGGCGCCCUUGCGCUGACACUGGUGGUGCACUCACACAUCGGCUUUGACUGCAUCCUGGCCGACUACCUGCACAAGCGCAAGUUCCCCAUCGCCGGCCCGCUCUCCACCUGGGGCCUCCGCGCUGCCACCCUCGCCACGCUGUAUGGCUUGUACGAGUUCAACACGAACGACGUCGGACUCACCGAGCUCAUUGCCAAGGUGUGGACUGCUUAG